AUGGAAAUUUCAAAGGCUUAUUUGAAUAUUACUAUUACUCUUUUGUUCUUGUCUUUUGUUGUUGGUGGUCAUGGUUUUGGCUUUGAUAGGUUAUCAAAAGGGUUUGUUAUGCGAUCAGGACCAAGUAAUGGACAAUUUGAUUCUCCAUCUUCGCCAAAGUAUCCUCACAAAAGGUUAGGCUUUGUAAUGUUACCAAAAGGGUUUGUUCCACCAUCGGGGCCGAGUACCGGACGAUCCGAUUCUCCACCACCACCAAAAAUUUCUCGUAAAAAUUUAGAAUUUGUAAUGUUACCAAAAGGGUUUGUUCCACCAUCGGGGCCGAGUACCGGACGAUCCGAUUCUCCACCACCACAAAAAAUUUCUCUUAAAAAUUUAGAAUUUGUAAUGUUACCAAAAGGGUUUGUUCCACCAUCGGGGCCGAGUACCGGACGAUCCGAUUCUCCACCACUACCAAAAAUUUCUCGUAAAAAUUUAGAAUUUGUAAUGUUACCAAAAGGGUUUGUUCCACCAUCGGGACCGAGUACCGGACGAUCUGAUUCUCCACCUCCACCAAAAAUUUCUCACAAUAUUUAA